AUGAAGCCCAAGGCAUUUAUCUACUUUGCAGUACUGGACCAUGAUUACUUGGACCUGCCAUUCACUGAAUAUUGGAUAGAUGCAGCUCAGAAUGUUUCAGAUAGGGACAUUGCCCGCAUCGAACACAGAACUAGGAAACAGAAUCUGUCGAAAGUUUGGCACCAAGAGAGAGAAUGGCGUUUGACAGCUUCCAGUUUUGGGGAUAUUUCCAAAGCUACUGAUCAACGUAACAGACUGAAGCUGUGUUCUAGCAUCUUUAAACCUCUUAAACUGAAAACACCAGCUGUCUUACAUGGCCAACAAUAUGAAGCUGUAGCAAGACAAACAUUUCAAGAAAAAAUGGGUUUCAAAGUAAAGACUUGUGGUCUUUUCAUAGACUCGGAGAACAAUUAUUUGGUUGCUUUGCCCGAUGGCAUUAUUGGAGAAAAUGCUAUUGUUGAAAUUAAAUGUCCAUAUAAGGGUAGAGAUCGUAAGAUUGCUGCAGACAAGUUUUUCCCAUUCUUGCUAGAGGAUGAUGAUGGUGUAUUGCAUUUAAAACAGAAUCAUAAUUAUUAUAUGCAGGUGCAAAGGCAGCUUAAUGUGUGUAGAAAAGAGAAGUGUUUCUUUGUUGUGUACACAUUUGUUGAUAUUUUUGUGGAAGAAAUCAAAGUUGACAGAGAUUAUUGGUGUGGUUGCAUGCUGCCAAAGUUAGAGUUGUUUUAUGAAAAACACUACAGAAAAUUUCUUGCUGAAAAAUUGUAAAUUGAUGUCAUAAAUCUGCAGUUAAAGCUUUUUCUGUGAAGACUUGUGCAUAAAUUUUUCAU